AUGCUUCUUCAGCAAUUUAGGCAAGGUGUGGCCUGCCAUGGCCUGCCUGCCUCGACUCCUGCCUCCAUCACGUCCAUCAGAGUGACCCAGAAGUCCUCUGGCCCCUGGGCCUUCAGCAGCUGCACCUACAUGAGUGGGCCUGGCGUCUGCAUCAGCUCCUUGAGCUGCUCCCGAGUGGGGAGCAGCAGCUUUCGGGGUGGCCUGGGUGGAGGCUAUGGUGGGGCCAGUGGCAUGGGAGGCAUCAUCGCCAUCAUGGUCAACCAGAGCCUGUUGAGCCCCCUUAACCUGGAGGUGGACCCCAACAUCCAGGCCAUGUGUACCCAGAAGAAGGAGCAGAUCAAGACCCUCAACAAGUUUGCCUCCUUCAUUGACAAGGUAUGGUUCCUGGAGCAGCAGAACAAGGUGCUGGAGACCAAGUGGAGCCUCCUGCAGCAGCAGAAGAUGGCUCGGAGUAACAUGGACAACAUGUUGGAGAGCUACAUCAACAACCUUAGGCGGCAGCUGGAGACUCUGGGCCAGGAGAAGCUGAAGCUGGAAGCAGAGCUUGGCAACAUGCAGGGGCUGGGGGAGGACUUCAAGAACAAGUAUGAGGAUGAGAUCAACAAGCAUACGGAGAUGGAGAAUGAAUUUGUCCUCAUCAAGAAGGAUGUUGAUGAAGCUUACACGAACCAGGUAGAGCUAGAGUCCCUCCUGGAAGGGCUGACUGAGGAGAUCAACUUCCUCAGGCAGCUGUAUGAAGAGGAGAUCCGGGAGCUGCAGUCCCAGAUCUCCGACAUGUCUGUGGUGCUGUCCAUAGACUACAGCUGCUCUCUGGACAUGGACAGCAUCAUCCCUGAGGUCAAGGUGCAGUAUGAGGAGAUUGCCAACUGCAGCCGGGCUGAGGCUGAGAGCAUGUACCAGAUCAAGUAUGAGGGGCUGCAGACGCUGGCUGGGAGGAACUGGGAUGACCUAAGGCGCACAAAGACUGAGAUCUCCGAGAUGAACCGGAACAUCAGCUGGCUCCAGGCUGAGACCGAGGGCCUCAAAGGCCAGAGGGCUUCCCUGGAGGCCGCCAUCACAGAUGCCGAGCAGCGUGGGGAGCUGGCUGUUAAAGAUGCCAACGCCAAGCCGUCUGAGCUGGAGGCCGCCCUGCAGCGGGCCAAGCAGGACAUGAUGGGGCAGCUGCGUGAGUACUGGGAGCUGAUGAACGUCGGGCUUACCCUGGACAUCGAGAUUGCCACCUACAGGAAGCUGCUAGAGGGCGAGGAGAGCCGGCUGGAGUCUGGGAUGCAGAACUUGAGUAUCCAUACGAAGACCACCAGCAGCUAUGCAGGUGGGCUGAGCUCAGCCUAUGGGGGCCUCACAAGCCCCGGCAUCAUCUACCGCCUGGGCUCCAGCUUUGGCUCUGGCGCGGGCUCCAGCUCCUUCAGCCGCACCAGCUCCACCAGGGCCGUGGUUGUGAAGAAGAUCGAGACCCAUGAUGGCAAGCUGGAGUCCGAGUCCUCUGACGUCCUGUCCAAGUGA